UUACUAAGUAUUCGUGACAGUUGUCAAAAUAAUCUUUGGGUAUAUCAUUUUAUAAUUAUUUUUGAAUAAAGUUAAAACCAAUUAUUGGAAAGAGAUAUGGCUCAAAUCGGUGAACCAUUAACACUCUCUAGAGACAUCAAAAGGUCUAUUGAAUUACUUGAAAAGUUACAAAAAAAUGGUGAAGUACCAGCGACAAAGUUGGCCGCCCUACAAAAAGUUCUCCAAAGUGACUUCUUAAAUGCUGUUCGAGAAGUGUACGAACACGUUUACGAAACCGUUGAUAUUCAAGGGUCUCAAGAUGUUCGUGCUUCAGCUACAGCAAAAGCUACAGUUGCUGCUUUUGCUGCAAGUGAAGGUCAUGCUCAUCCUAGAGUUGUUGAGCUACCAAAAACUGAGGAAGGUUUAGGGUUUAAUGUUAUGGGUGGAAAAGAACAGAAUUCGCCAAUUUACAUCUCUAGAAUUAUACCUGGAGGAGUUGCGGAUCGUCAUGGGGGUUUAAAACGUGGUGAUCAAUUAUUAAGUGUAAAUGGAGUGUCUGUUGAAGGCGAAAAUCAUGAAAAAGCUGUUGAACUGUUAAAGCAAGCCCAUGGUUCUGUUAAAUUGGUUGUUCGUUACACUCCCAAAGUCUUGGAAGAAAUGGAGAUGAGAUUUGAUAAACAACGUGCAAGAAGGCGACAACAAUAUAAUUAAAAAUGUUUUAAAUUAAGAGAUAAAACAGAAAUGCUAAUC